GACGCCGCUGUUCCGGCUGGAGGACAUCUCGUUCCCGCUCAGCUACUACGGGCUCAUCCUGGCCGUGUUCGUGCUGCAUCAGGUCACGCUUUACUCCAUGUUCGUGUCGGUGAUGGCGCUCUUCGCCCGCAUCUCCGACCCGGCCAUGGACGGCACGUACAUGACGCUGCUCAACACUGUCACCAACCUGGGUGCCGCAACUGGCCGGCCACGCUCAUGCUCUGGAUGGUGGACCGGCUGACCUGGAGGGCCUGCGCCGGCGGCGGCGGUGGGGGUGGCCCUUGCGGUAGUGACCAGGACUGCGGAGAGGGCGGCUCGUGCCUCGUUAGUAUGGACGGCUAUGUGGAGAGCGCCGCCUGCGUCUGUCUCGGCUUCCUCUGGCUGCUCUGGGGCCGUCGCCGCCUGCUCGCCCUGCAGGCGCUCGACAUGUCGGCCUGGAGGUGUCGGAAGGCCACCGUGUGACGUCAGCGCCGGUUAGGUUUGUGAUGACGCCUGACAUGUCG